AAAUUUCCAUUAAAAACAAACUGUCUCAGUAUAAGCAGGGGGUUGACAGCAUCAGUUGGAUUUCACAUCACCGUGAUCUUGGAGUACGUAAAAGUGAAAUAUUGCACAGCCAUCUUGAUGAUGGGAAAUACAGAAUGAAUGUUUCAACACUUGAUCAGCAAAGUAUAAUUCACAAAGGACAGAAAACCUACCAGUGUAAUGAGUGUAAGGAAAUAUUCAGUGAUCUCUCCAGCUUUGAUCUUCACCAGCCGUUACACUUAGGAGAGAAAUCUCAUAUGUGUCACGAGUGUGGAAAAAGCUUUCAUUAUAGCUCAGUUCUUCAUAUUCAUCAGAGAGUUCACAUGCGAGAGAAGUGUAAUAAAUGUAAUGAUUGUCAUGAGGACAUCAGUCGGAGCUCACACUUGCAAACUCAUGAGAAAAUCCAUACUGUAGAGAAACCACAUAGAUGUGAGGAAUGUGGGAAGAGCUUCAGUCAUAAAUCAGCACUUAAUGUUCAUGGCAAAGUCCAUACAGGAGAGAAACCUUAUAAUUGUGAGGAGUGUGGGAGGGCCUUCAGUCAGGUAUCUCAUCUUCAGGACCAUCAGAAAGUCCACACUGGUGAGAAACCAUUCAGAUGUGAUGCAUGUGGUAAGAGCUUCAGUCGGAAUUCACAUCUUCAAUCCCAUCACAGAGUCCAUACAGGAGAGAAACCAUACAAAUGUGAAGAGUGCGGGAAGGGCUUCAUUUGUAGCUCAAAUCUUUACAUUCAUCUGAGGGUCCACACAGGAGAAAAACCAUAUAAGUGUGAGGAAUGUGGUAAAGGCUUCAGUCAGCCUUCAAGUCUUCAGGCCCAUCAGGGGGUUCACACAGGAGAGAAGUCAUACAUCUGUAAUGUGUGUGGUAAAGGCUUCACUCUGAGUUCAAAUGUUCAAGCCCAUCAGAGAGUCCACACUGGAGAGAAACCAUACAAAUGUGAGGAGUGUGGAAAGAGUUUCAGGAGGAACUCCCACUACCAAGUUCAUCUGGUAGUCCACACAGGAGAAAAACCCUAUAAAUGUGAGGUAUGUGGGAAAGGCUUCAGUCAGAGUUCUUAUCUUCAAAUCCAUCAGAAAGCCCACAAUGUACAGAAACCUUAUAAGUGUGAGGUGUGCGGGCAAGGCUUCAAUAACAGUUCAAGACUUCAAGUUCACCAGCUGAUCCAUACUGGUGGGAAGCCAUACAAAUGUGAGUAGUGUGGAAAGGGCUUCAGUCGUAGAGCAGAUCUUAAAAUUCAUUGUAGAAUCCACACAGGAGAGAAACCUUAUAAUUGUGAGGAGUGUGGGAAGGUCUUCAGGCAGGCUUCAAAUCUUUUGGCCCACCAGAGAGUCCACAGUGGAGAAAAACCAUUUAAAUGUGAAGACUGUGGGAAGAGCUUUGGUUGGAGUUCACAUCUUCAAGCCCAUCAAAAAGUCUACACUGGAGAAAAGCCAUACAAAUGUGCAGAGUGUGGGAAAGGCUUUAAGUGGAGCUUGAAUCUUGACAUGCAUCAGAGGGUCCACACAGGAGAGAAACCAUAUAAGUGUGGGGAGUGUGGUAAGUACUUCAGUCAGGCCUCAAGUCUUCAACUUCAUCAGAGUGUCCACACAGGAGAGAAACCGUACAAAUGUGAUGUGUGUGGUAAAGUCUUCAGUUGAUCUUCACAACUACAGUCUCACCGGAGAGUUCACACAGGGGAGAAACCUUACAAGUGUGAGAUAUGUGGUAAGAGCUUCAGUUGGAGAUCAAAUCUUACAAUUCAUCACAGGAUCCACGCUGGUGAUAAAUCCUAUAAAAAUGAUCGGGGUGGUAAGAACAUGAGAGAGUCCAUCCCAGAAAGAAGCCCUAUAAAAUGAUUUUUAAAGACCUAAGUGUGCUGUGAAUUCUUCAAAUCAUCAGGUCUCAUAAGAGAAAAUCAUUUCUUCUAUAUAAGUAAAUAUUUCAACCAUGUUGUUGUUAGGUGCCAUCAAGUCGAUUCUGACUCAUAGCGACCCUAUGCACAACAGAACGGAACACCGCCUGGUCAUGCGCCAUCCUUACAAUCGUUACUACGCUUGAGCUCACUGUUGCAGCCACUGUGUCA